AUUUUGUAGUGAAAACAACCGGAAACUAGUGAAUAGCGGAGACUUUUUUACAGUACAGCAGAAGCGAUGGCUGAAAUAUUGCUUUAUCUCUCCAGCGUCAGUAUUACAGUGACACACGGUAUGGACGUUGAGAAGAGCUCUGGGAACGAGAAAGAAUAUGAAUGUGUGGAGCUUGGUGAUCUGGAGAGAAAAGAGAAGAGCCCACGUCGAAUUAUUCAUUUCUCCAGUGGUGAGACCAUGGAAGAAUACAGCACCGAUGAUGAGGAGGAAGACAAAAAAGGGCAUACGAAUAAAGACCUUUUGCCUUCCAUAGAUACAUCCAAGCUCACUUGGGGUCCAUACGUCUGGUUGCAGAUGUGGAGAGCAGCUACAUCCACUGUCUCUGCUUGUGACUACAUGGGUGAGAGAAUAGCAUCACUUUUUGGCAUCACUUCUGCGAAGUACCAGUAUGCUAUUGAUGAGUACAGCAAGUCAAAGAGGGAGAAUGAGCACGAAGAGGAUGAUACUUAUCUCUAUGAAGAAGCAGAGCAUCUGUUUCAAAAGCAGCAAAAUGAAGAUGAAGAUCUGAAGACCAACCAGCCAGAGAUCAAGAGCACUCAAACAAACGUUGAGCUGACUAAUGAGCUGGACAUUCAGCCUUCUUUAGUACCUAGUACAGUCCACAUACCUGCUUUUGUUACAAGCACUUAACUACAAGUAUGUUGUAUUUUCUGUGGAUUUUAAAGUUACCUCUCCUUGAAUGCACUUACUACAUGAAGUUAAUCAGGCAUAGAUUUUGUAUCUGUAUGUUACCUUGUGGUUUUGAUGCCUAAAUACUGAUUUAUACUGAUAAUGGUGCUAACGUGAAGAUGAGCCAAUUCUACAGCCGUGGACCAAAAUGAAGUUUAGGAUAACAGAAAUGCUACAACACUAAAAUGUAUGCUUUUAUUCACUAUUUAUUUAUUUGAAAAUUAUUUAUUAAAAUCAGGCUGUAUGUGUAAUAUGUGAUGUAAUUGUCUGUAUUUUUAAGUUUUUUUGUUACUACGGUAUGUCACAUUUAACAUGAAUAAACUACUGUAAUGUAACAUUGUU